CGGAAGGGACUUGUCAGGACGUUUUUUGGAAACAGAAAAGGAAGGGGAGGAGCAAGGAACCAUGGCUGCUGUGGUAGGUCUUUGCGGUGGGCUAGGGAAGAGACAGUUUACGCGUUUCCCAACGGCUUUUGUCUGCCUCACAAAUUCCGGGACUCGUGCAGUGCUGUGGAGAAGUUGUUCACAAUAUAAACAGGUAACCAGCAGUGAGGACCUGCCUAUUCCAAUGGAAAAUCCUUACAAGGAGCCUCUGAAAAAAUGUAUCUUGUGUGAAAAACGUGUAGAUUAUAAGAAUGUACAGCUUUUAUCCCAAUUUAUUUCUCCAUUUACUGGAUGCAUUUAUGGAAGGCACAUAACAGGUCUUUGUGGGAAGAAACAAAAAGAAAUCACAAAAGCAAUUAAGAGAGCUCAGAUAUUGGAACUUUCAUUUUCUCUUCACAGGGUUUAUGCCAGUUACAUACAAGGAUCCUGCCUAUCUCAAAGACCCUAAAGUUUGUAACAUCAAAUAUAGGGAGUAAAUUAUAUAAAGUUAUCAUCAAUAAAUGUAUUUUGCAAUAA